CGAGCCGGCAGCAGAGAACUUGCUCUCCAGCUGAGGCAGGGAGGAGGCGGCUCAGCUAGGCUGGGUCAUAGCCCCGUAUGUUGACACGCAGGGAGGGCGCCCUGCGAGCGCUCAGCGAGCCCGUCCUCUCCAGCCAGCAUGACUCGGGGGAGAUCGUCACCUACAUCUCCGAGAGCAUAACGGUGACCUCGGCCGACGAGGAGAAGCUGCUGCUGCUCAACAAGAACACGGAGCUCCGGCGCAUCAACAAGGAGCUCAUGAAGCUAAACCAGGAGUGGGACCAGAUUUACCACAACACUACCCUGGCGCUGCAGCAGGAGGUGCUCUCCCUCAAGCAGCAGACCGAGAGGCUCUCCAUGAAGCUGGAGCACGAACAGAACAAGAGGGAGUACUACGAGCAGACCCUCAUCCAGGAGCUCAAGAAGAACCAGCAUUUGCAGGAGUACGUGAGGCAGCUGGAAGGCAGGCAGCACCACAGCCGGGAGAAGAGGACCUUGGAGGACCCCGAGUUCUUGGCAUCUGUGCCCUGGGGGGAGUUUGGGGAUGCCCGCUUCCUGCUUCCCAGGAAAGGCCUGAAGGAGAACUCCCCCAAAAAGCCGGAAGAAGCCAGUCGGAAAGCGCCAGGGAGUGAGAGCCACAAGGCCAGGAGGUGCAAGCACGUGGCCCCAACGGGUACCAGCCCGGAUCCCGGGAAAGAGGUGACUGACCUGAAGGACCAGCUGGAGGCCUUGAAGUGCCAGACAGAAAUUUAUGAGGCGGAUUACAGGACAGAACACAAAGACCGGGAGCGGAUCAAAGCGGAGAACGAGAAGCUCCGGAAGAAGGAGGAGGAGAUGAGGCAGCAGAUGGUACUUCUGCGAGAGCAGCUUAAGAUCUUUGAGGAUGACUUCCGGAAGGAGCGGUCAGACAAGCAGCUGCUUCAGCGCCUCCUAAAGAGCAAGGCCGGCUCCAAGGAGCCCAUCCUGGUGCAUCGCUGCAACGGGCACGAGAGGCUGCCGGUCCCCACCUCGCCCGCGCACUCAGCUUCCACCACCGCCAAGCGAGGCGGCUGCAGCAAGCACUGCGAGAAACACAGCCACAAGCUGGGCGAGUGCGCCAAGCACCACGCACGGGAGACUGCGGCGCACACGGCCCCGCCCAGCGACUACUAGGACGAAGACACGGGUCUUCCCGGCAGCACUUUUUUAAGCUAACACACGGGGUCGCCCGCAGGCGCCUGCUGCGGGGUGCGGGCCGCCAGCCCCAGGAUGCAGCAAGCUCUCCCCACGAGGCCGGCGGGAGAUGCUUUCGAACACCAUAGAUGCUUUCGGCAGCCAGGUCUUUCAUUGGCGAGCGCGCCGACCAAUCAGGGCCAGGGCUAAUCUCUUCCAGCCAGUCCCAUCUUGCUCCCGGGGCGUCGCCUGCUUCUGUCCGCCCUGCAAGGAAUUCCGGGGCGGGGAACGCUGAACAAGAGGCGUGGCCCUUGGCCCUGCAUCAAGAAGAGGGUCACACAGAAAAGGCCCUUAGACCCUGUGGGGCGAGGCUAGCGUCUGGAAAGGGCUCACCCCAGCUGUCCUCCCUGGAGGUCAGGAGUCCUUAGCUGUAAGCCAUCCUAUACGCUAGCAGCACCUCCCCAUGCUGCUGCUGCUCCAGCAAAGGGUUCCUCAGCGCUUCGUUCUGAUUCUCGAGGGAUUGCUGCAGCUCCUUGCUCCAGCCAGCAAGGACUGGGGACAGCUGUUACCUUUAUUUAUUUGAACCAAUCUCCCGGAUCCUAUGGGGCUGGUACUUUAUUCAAGUGAUUACAAAAUAAAUUAAAGAAAGACAAAUGCUCCCCUUCCUUCUGUUUCCCAUGUGCCUGUAAGACCAGAGCAAAGGCGCGUUCUUUCCUUCCUUAAACACCAAGAACUGUGGAUUUGGGAGCCGGCUCGACAGCACCGGCGGUGAAAGCUACCUACCAACAACGAAGCCAAGCCCGGGGAGCAGCAGGGCCCGCUUCCCCUGCUCCGAGCAGUCCCUGGCUCGGGGACCGUUCAGUCUUUGUGACCCCUCUCUGCCUCCAAAAGAAGGAGGCACAACCAGCUUCCUGGCAACACUAGACUGUUGCCUGUUAGCAACUGGGCUGAGAACAACGAGUCUCAGUCUCUGCUUGGCGACCGCUGACCGAGACAAAAGCCUCGAAUUCCAUCAAGGGGUUUAAAAUCCAGUUUGAGGCCUUUCAGGCUCUCCUGUCCCUACUGAAGGCAGCCACCGAAUGGGCCAGGUUACCUGCUGUCCAAAGCCAGAGCAGGACUAUUUGAUGCUACACGCUGUGGCACAGAGGAGAUGCCUGUGCUUAUGGGACGCACGGAUGUGUCGGCUCAGACCCCAGCAAUGAAGAUGGCUCAGCUACUUAGGAGCCCAGAUGAGCAGGUCCGAGCCAUCGCAGCCGGGCUGCUGGAACUUCAGAAACACCCGCGUGUGCCAGAAGUUCUGGCAAACACCCGGAGAGCGAUGGAUGGGUCGUAGUGGGUCAGCUGCUUCAACUGUCUCAUUGGACAGAGGGGGAAGGUCCCCAGGAUCCCUUUGGGAGGCUGUAGAAAGUCUCCAAAUUACAGAGCAUCUUAUCUUUGGGGUCAAGCGCGAAUCUCAAGUCUGAGGUAGCUUCAUAGCCAAGCAGCUUCCGUAGCCACUCGACAAAGUGCAGCUCUCCUGCACGUCAGCUUCCUUCACUAGUCAGCAACAGAGCGGCCAGGCGGGGCGAGACCAAUGGUCCAGCCAGCCCAGUGUCCUGUCUGCCGACAGCGGCCAAUGCCAGGCGCCUCAGAGGAAGGGAACACAACAGGGAAUCCUCACAUGGUCCCUCCCGUCACCCAUUCCCAGCUUCGGGCAACAGUGCUCGGGGCACAUCCCAGGUUGGUUUUACAUCCCUGCCCCUCCUGGCUAAUGGCCAUCGAUGGAACUCGCAGCACUAAGCAAACCAGACUGGGCUUGGGGUUUUUUUUUUGUCCCGGAGCGGCGCUAUCUAGUCUCUACUGCCUGCCUUUGCAGAGAGGCAUCAAUUUACACUGGCACCUCGCAGCCCGUCUGCCUGGGGACCAGAAAGCACGGUGAUGGCUUGGCUGUUUCCUCUAAAGCAGGGGUGGGCAAUAAUUUUUGGCCGGUGCAGCCCAGGAGGGGCAGAGCCAGAAUGCAUCGAAGCCAGCCCGCGAUGGCCCUUUUUCCACCCCUGCUCUAAGGUGUCUAGUUUUUUUUUUCAAAUAACUAGAAGAGCCUCUCGAAUUAUUUUUUCCCCUAAAAUUGUAUCGUGGCUAUCGAGUACCAGCAUGACAAACACCCAGCAUAUUGCCUAUAGUGUAGGAAAGCUUUAGUGAGUAGAUGAGCAUCCGUCCUUAAGCUGACAUCUCAUUUCCCUCCCUCGUGUUAUGCCCGUGGAAGGACGUAGAGGAGGGCAUAUUCAGUCAGUCACCAAACUGCUGGGAGACUGCUGUACUUAGCUGAGGUUACAGAUGUGGAAACUGAGGCACAUGGAGAUUAUGUGACUUGCCCAAGGCCAUGCAAUGAGGCAGUGUCAGUGUUGGAAAUGGAACUUGGGUCUCCCAGCUCCUAGAUCAAACGUCCAACUCUUACAAGUGGACGGUGUUAGGAGAUAGUAACACUGGGAGGUAUGCAAGAGCCCAAGCUGAAGAGAGAGUAAUUCAGAGGUUUUUAAGGCCAGCAGGCACCACUGGGACCUGCAGUACACAGGCCACAGCCUUUCCCCUAAUAUUUGCGGCAGCGUAGAGAAUUAUUUCUUUGCCGUGUGAUUACAAUCAAGUCACCCCACCAAUGGGUGCACCUGCCAAUGGACCAAACCACCUUCCUUACCUGCAGCCCUCGCGGAACUAAUCGCGCCCGUCGUGUUCAUUCCAGCCCUCGCAGGCACUUGCCAUGCCUCCAGUUUCAACACCAACCAGAAAUGUGAUCACUGAACACAGAGCAAAGGAACACGCAACAAGCAGCCACUCAAGACCACAGCAGUAGCCCGGUCUGCCUUCCUCCCCGUAUGUAAGGGAGACCUGUCUUACUCAUAACCAGGCGCAAUUGGUGGGGAGGAUGGAGAGAAGGACAUUAGCCAUAAA